AGUUAUAUCGACGGACCGUUAUAGAGUAGAGCAGAGCUUUUCAAGCACGGAACCGCAAUGCAGGACGCCGAGAGCGUUCAGCGGGCCGCCCUGCCUGUAAUUUACCAGCAGUUAUUUUAAGAUCGCACCCAUGCUCGCCGACCACAAGCGACUCCGGCUCGGUUGACCCUCUGAAGGUGUGGCCGGUUAGGUGGUGUCGAUGCUACGCUGGUGCGCUAGCCCCGCGAAAAUCUUGGACUAUUGAAGGGCGAAUUCCAGGAUUGUCGCAACGCACUGACGGGACGUCGCUGUCGCAGGAACUCGGAGCCCAAUCGCUGGACACCGGAAUGGACGAUAGAACCAUGGGUUGGGGUGGUGAAAUUGGCAAAACCAUCAGCUCACCGGGGGAUGGGUGGGCUUGUUGAUGGAUGGAUUUGGAAGGCUUUAGGGAAUACAUGCCUUUUGAACCACCAACCAUCCACCACCUCUUCAUCCAGUCUGCACACACUUCCGGGUACGGCAGAUCGUUUUUGUGUUGCGUGUCGUGAUCCUGAUCCCCUCUUCCUGUUCGCUCAUUCCAGGACCGACCGGACCGUGACACCUUUCUUUUCUCGCCAGACAGACCCUGACUGCCGCUCAUUUUGGGUUUGGUUGCCCACCCCCAACACACGCUCGCUAAACCGCCAUCUCAAACUGAAGAGCCUUCAGCUCAUCUCGAUUCUUUAUUCCCCGGGAAAUCUCGUCACCGUACAAAAGACAGCUUACCCCGGAUUUCCCGCUCUCUUUUGACGGAUUGCCCUGCUCAGGAUCGACAGUAACCUCAACUUAAGACCAGUCAUCAACCACCAUCCCAGCCACAACCCCGUACCCUCCGGUAGUGUGAGCUGCUGCGCCAUCAAGAUGCGGCACUCGGUAUUUUCUCUGCUCCUGGGAGCCAUCUCCCUGAUCACCACAACAGGCGUCACAGGACUCGAGUUCACCGUGUCACUAGAAGAGAACGGCAAAGCUGCUGAUGCCUCCAAGCUUCAGUUCGUCAAGAUUCCCCCGUUGAAGCACCGGAGACGUGGACACCGCAAUGCAACCGUCGCCACAGGCCAGCAUGUGACCGCCAAGAGAGGGAACAACGACAUCAGUUAUAGUGACAACUGGUGUGGUGCCUCCUCGCGAUCAAACGAUGCGGACCCCAUCCGCAAUGUGUUUGGGUAUUUCACUGUGCCUGACUUGAAGUUACGAGCUGGUAUCCCUCCGCCUCAAUAUGCGGCGGCCUGGAUCGGUAUCGACGGAGCCAAGUGCAACCAGACCUUGUUGCAAGCUGGAGUCACUACCGUGGUCAACUCCAACGGUGGACAGAGUGCAUCGGCUUGGUGGGAGUGGUAUCCAGGUGCUGCGUACACUAUCGCCAACCUCCCAGUCAAGCCAGGGGACUGGAUGUCCGUCAACAUCACAGCCCACGAUGCGACCAGCGGCAGGAUAAUUGUAACAAACGCUCAGCGCGGCUACUCAAUGACGCUCAAUUUGACCAGCGGGCCCAAGCUGUGCCGGUGGGAUGUUGAGUGGAUUCUGGAGGACUUCUACGAGGCCGAAACGAACAAGCAGGUUCCUUUUGCCAGCUUCCAGGACCUGUGGUUUCUCGAUACCGAGGCGACGACAGUGCGUGGGAAGAAUGUUGGGAUCGAUGGAGCGGCCAUGGUGCAUCUGAUGAACCCGCAAGGAAAGGUUCUCUGCCAGGCCGAAAAGUACGACAACGCUAAUUUCGUCAUUACUUCGCAUUAA